UUAUGUGCUGUUAGAUUCUGAGCCAUAUCUGAUAACGUCUCUAGCCACUGUAUCUCACCGUUUCUAGGACCCUAGCCAGGGAGUCAUGAAGGACGAACACAAUCCAGCCCUCUGCAACUUACUUUCAUACCACGACACCACGUCAUACAUUGAAUACCUCUCCGCUUUUUUCAACCAGUCCCAGAGUCAGCAAAUAAUGCACGACGUGGAAUUCUCUGGGACGACAUUCGGAGAACAUGUCUAAGCCACCGAAGUCGGCCUUUCAAGAUGGUGACACCAAUUGCAUUAUCAUCUCUGCUCCAGAACACACGAUGCCGAACCUCUGCAUUACUAACAUGAUGUUGCCACUGGAUGUCAGCAAUCCUUCGGAGACAACGAUGAUCGAACACAGAGAGUCGUCUAACAUCCUCAUCUCGGAGAGGCCAGGUUUCACAAGCAUAGAGCAAAACUGCUCUCACCGACGCGUUGUAGAUCCGACCUUUUACAGCCAGACUAACAUCACGGAGGCGCCAAAGAUGGCCAAGAUUGGCAUAAACCGCUCUGGCUUUCACUAUACUUGCAUUGAUCUCAUCAAUCACGUCACCAUCAGCACUUAUGCAGCUACCCAGAUACACGAACUUCUCGACUACUUCUAUCUGCUCACCAUCCAGGCUGAGUACACGAUUAGGAUCCUGCAAGUCUUGUAGGAGUACUUUGCACUUCGAAGGUCCAAAGCACAUACCGUACCUACGAACAUUGAUUGCCAACUGAUUAAGUGCGGAUUGCAUGCCUUGGGCAUUAUCGCACAGUAAGACAAUAUCAUCCGCAUACUCAAGGUCGAGAAGUCUUUCUCCAGUCAGAAGAUACACACCACCAUUACUUACAGCCAUCAGAGCUGUUUCCAGAAUGUCAUCUGUUAGCGGAACAUAGACUAGAUUAAAGCAUGCUCAAUGCAUGAUUGCUUUGGUGCACGCUGAUUGGCUAAUUCUUAUCCAAUCAGCACUAGUCGAUAGUUGGAGAGUACUCUGGAAUCUUCUUAUGUGAAAACUAUAAAUAUACUGACGUUUUCCCUAUUGUGCUUCUGACUUGCUUCUUUCUUCCAUCUAACCUUGUUAUUUGGAAUAUAAUCUCUU